AUGUCGGUAUUAGAAUCUAUGGUAGAAGCGAUUAAUGAACAGAAUGUAGCGAUAAAAAAUUUUGAGUCAGAAUAUGAGGAUUAUAAAAAUAAAUUAAAAACUCUUCAAGAUUAUAAAAAUAAGUUAAUAAAUAAAAAACUUGGAUUAAAACAGGAUAUAAUUCAAGCUAAUAAACUUAUUGAAGAUGCAAAAAAUUAUUAUACCGAGGAUGAUUUGAAUCGUUUUUCUAAAUUCAUUGAACAACCUAUGAAAAACUUGAGAGCACGUAAAAAUUUAAUGAUUCUACUUUUGAUAGAUCAAAAUUAUUACGAUACUUUAUUGUGUCUAAUUGCAAUUUUGAAAGAAUCACAAAGAUUAAUCAACGAGAUAUCGUUUCUUUGGAACUUACGUAAAUUUAGAGCCACUAAUGAUAUUAAAAUUCAUUUUGAAAGAGUUACAGAAGAGUUUGAUAAGGUUUUAUCAAAGUUAAAUUUGGAGAAACCUUUUGAUUACGAAGCACAAAAAAAGAAAGAUCUAAAGGCUAUAGAAUAUGACAUUUCAACAAUGAAUAAGUUUCUUGAGAGUGUUGAAGGAUCUUCGAUAACAUUACCGAAUUCAAAUAUGGAAAUUAAUCCAAUUUUUGAAACGGUUACAUUGAUCAAAGCACGUUUAACUGAAGUUAACCCAAAUGAAAUUACAAUUAAACGGAUUCCACCCAAUGAAUUAAUAAGGAUAUACCAUCAUUUAUGUCGAAAAAAUGAUCAACCUGGCGGUGGUGGUAAUGUUAAAGUUAAAAGAUGGUUGUGUGGUGAAAAGGGAAAACAAUCAUAUUCUGGCAUAAUUAGAGCUGCUUGGCAAAAUGAUCCAUUAUUACGACCAUAUCUUUAUUUAAUAUUCUUAAAACUUGAUGAAUUAUCUAAAGAUAAUCCAAUUGAGGAAGGAUCAUCAUUAUCAGCUAUGUUAAGAUUUCAAAAAUAUGAUGAUAGUGAUCAAGUGGUUGAAAUAAUUUAUGAUGAUAAUGAGGUGGAAACCAAAAACGAAGAAGAAAUACUGCCAGUUAAUAAAGAUUCAAAUCUUGAUAUUGUUCCUGUUGUAAGUAUUUAUUUGGCACUUAAUUUUGUAUUACAAUUAUAA